GAACGCAACUGUGGAAUACAUGAACUCGUCUGUAUUAGAAAAGUGUCUCCAGAGGCGCUAGGAUUCCUGUCUGCCGUCGGAGUUUUCGUCAUCCUCAUGCUCAUCCUUUUUUUAUACGUCAACAAGAAGCUGUGCUUUGAGAAUGUUGGGGACCUGUCAUGCAUGGACGAGUACAGAACGGGCAAGGAUUUGAAAGAUAACGACUACCAGGAUGGGGACCCGCGAGGCUCCUCUUCGGAGAGCGAGGAUGAUGUGGUUGGAAAGUAUAAGGAGGCGGUGUCCCGGUCCCAGGGAGGACGCGCCACAGACAGCCGGCACCCGAAGGGAUACAUGUGGGAGACCAGGCACAAAUACAGCCCGCUGUCUGCAGAGUACGACGGCUACAGCAGUGAGGCAUCAGCUGAGGAUGUGAACUGUAUCCAGAGGAUGAGGCGCACACCCCCUCUGGAUGAGCUCCAGCCACCCCCCUACCAGGACGAAGACGGCUCCCCGCGCCUGUCCUGCACCCCCUCUGACCUUGGGGACGGCAAGUGCAGUAUGUCCCGCUGCAGCGGCAGCCCCCGGCACUCUUAUAGCAAGUGUCCCAGUGAGGGCAGCGCCUGCCACGAGACAGAGAGCUACCUCAACAAGGGCUAUGAGGAGGACGUCCCCAGCGACAGCACCGCCGUCCUCAGCCCUGAGGACAUGUCCGCCCGUGGCUCUGCUGCUCAGCUUCCAAAACCCUACAAAUCGGAGCCAGUGGCUAAAUACGGCACUCUGGACGUGGUGUUUGAUUUCGACUCGGGGGAGCAGAGGCUUAUGGUAACGGUGACAGCACUGACUGACAUCCCUGCGCUCAACCGCAUAGGCAACACCUCCUGGCAGGUGCACCUGGUCCUGCUGCCCACCAAGAAGCAGCGAGCAAAGACGGGCAUCCAGCGAGGACCCUGCCCCGUCUUCACUGAGACCUUCAAGUUUAAUCGCAUCGAGUCAGAAAUGAUUGGCAACUACUCUGUGCGAUUCCGGCUGUACAGCAUCCGCCGCAUGAAGAAGGAGAAGGUGCUGGGAGAGAAGAUCUUCUACCUCACCAAGCUCAACCUGCAGGGGAAGAUGUCGGUCCCUGUCACCCUGGAGCCUUGCUGUAAUCUCACUCAGGGCUGUGACUCUCAGAUGAGCACCUCAGAGUUGUCCUGCAGUGAAACCACCUCAUCCUGCCAGACGCUGGCUCACAGCUCCACGCCGGAGAUCCUUGUAGGCCUCAUCUACAACGCCACCACUGGCAGGCUCUCGGUAGAAGUCAUUAAAGGCAGCCACUUCAAAAACCUGGCAGCCAAUAGACCACCCAAUGGGCUGUUCUGUUGUCUAAAACACUUGAUAGGUGGACAGGUUUAUAUAAUCCGAGAUACCUAUGUUAAGCUAACCUUGUUGAACUCUAUGGGACAAGAAAUGUCCAAGUGUAAGACAUCCAUCCGGCGUGGCCAGCCCAACCCCAUCUACAAGGAGACUUUCAUUUUCCAAGUGGCGCUAUUCCAGCUGUCUGAUGUGACUCUUGUUCUCUCUGUCUACAACAAGCGGAGCAUGAAACGUAAGGAGAUGAUUGGCUGGAUCUCCCUGGGUUUCAACAGCUCGGGGGAAGAGGAGCUCAACCACUGGACUGAGAUGAAGGAAUCAAAAGGACAACAAGUGUGUCGGUGGCACUCCCUGCUAGAAUCCUAAGGCGAGGGGAUCUCUUCUCUGGGCGGGGGAGAUUGGGUGCUGGGAAGGGGGCUUUACCGGCUCAGGUGAAAAAUCAAACACAAUAACAACAAAAACAUGUGUCUUCUCACCAGAUAUGCUGACACCUUGUAGACAACUACUAGGCAUUGCAAAGUAUACAAGCUGGGACACAAACCAGAAGCCAACGAACCAACAAGCCCUCAAUUUCUUAAGGGAUCCAAGGUAUUUCUGCUCCAGAACAAUGCCUGCUUGUUUUAUAAGCAGAGACUAAUCCCCAUUCUCGGCGGGUGAAGUAUAUAAGGUAGCAUUUUGAGCAUACGUGCCAACAGAUACAGAUAAAUCUCUCCAGAUGCUGUGGUUGCAAAGUGGAGAUGUGUUUGUUGGCAAUGCGGUCCUUGGACCGUGGAAGCGUGUAGACAUGGCACCCAUGAUCCUCGUGCUGGAGUGUAGUAGAUGACUAUACAGGUUAGGAGGUUUUGACAGGGUGGCAUGCAUGCUCAGUACAUGUUGUCUUGUCCUCACACUGGGGUUGGGAAAUAGGCCAGGGUACUAGAGUUUAGUUCCCUUUUUAAAUGAAUCUAUUUUGUAAUGUCAGCAGUGAGUUACAGCUCCAGAGCACCUCCAACAGGACAGCGCACUGAUGGUGUCAAUCUAGGUUCUUCCCACUAAGAAGGAUUCCAGUCUCUCAUGACCUUGCCAAGGGAUCAGGCUUGCUACACCCCAAGUCACAAUCACCAAACAUUAAACACAUCUCAUUUGCCUUUUUUAUGAUAACGUUUUUUUUUUUUUUUUCAGAGUUAGGAACACUCCCUAGUCUACGGUCUUGUGUCUCAAGUUAAACCACAACUGUUAUAGACUCUAGAUGCUAGAAAGGAAGGACCAGGUACUAGAUUUUGUGUCUUGGUCAAUGUAAUGGUGCUGUUUCCAAUAUAACCUCUUUUUGUUGCUGACACUUCCUCCUUGCCCACACAAGGAUGUUAGUUCUAUAGGAAUAUUCUUUUUUUUAUUCAUUAAGUCAAGGAAAAGGCUGCUAUAUAUUCUUCAGCCUCUACUUGUAACAGUAAGCCUUAAUACAAUUGUUCCAUUACAUUAUUCAUUUUUAAUCCUUAGGAGGCCACUUUGUAGGUGCUGAUGUUUAAUCCCUACACAUGGCUUGAAACUCAAACUAGACCUAGAUAUUUGAUUCCAUCUGAUCAUUUGCACAAUAUACCUAAACAAGAUAAAUUCUUAAACUGCGGCAGGGAUAGUGAACUCUGAGCAGUGCUCUGAAAGGAUUUUAACAUAAUUCUGGUGUUCCUCGUUCAGUCAGUGGUUCUGAGCUUUCUUAGAACUGGACCGAGAUCUUGCUCUUAACUCGUCUUUCGUGUCUCCUGACUACGAGCUUAGCCAUAACCAUUGAAUAACCAUCCAAGGGUUUAAAAAGUCUCAGUGUGACUCUCCAAUGAAAUGUCCUUGUACCCCAGAGCUCAUUCAGAGUCAUUGGGUAGCUCAGAGGCAUUAAACAUCAGCCUCCGGUGACUUGACUUUUGAGGGAGUCAGAAGUGGUAAACACUUGGUUUCCAGGGGUUCCUGGUGGGCCGGGAGACACCCUAAUGAAUUGCUCCCGUUAUUUACUUCUUCAGGUUGCCUGACUGCAGUAGAUUAUUUACGUUGUACACCAGUGGUCUUUCAGUAACAUCCAAAAAAGUUAGGUAGUUUAUUGUCUGCUUAUAGCACUGGGUACUAUAAAUUGUACUAGGAUUGUUUUUGUUAUUUGGUACUUUUUUUAAAACUACUAAAGGGAGUAUUGUCAUCACUAUUUUUUUUUGGUCUGGUUUGAGAAUGUGGUAAUCCCACAGUCCUAUCAAACCAGCUGGUUAAGCUUUGGCAGCAAUCUUUAGACAAAUGGGUUUAGUAAUAGGUGUGUUUACAGCCCAGACUGAAGUUAGAACGGUGACCUUGGUUUAGUUGUCUUCAAGCACAGUAGGCCUCAGAUUAUACCUGCUUAUUUUCUCAAGUACCACUCUGCUGCAUGGAUGCUCAACAGAGUCUCAUGUACUUCUUAGUGGUAGUAGUAAGCACAUGGCUACUAAGCAGUUGUUUAGUUGUUCUUUUUGGUAAAUAAUUAUUUUUGUCAAAAUUAAGUUAUGUAAUUCAAAAAGGAAUUCCUUUAUUGAUUAUACAGUACAUGAGAAAAGAACAAAAUGUUUUAUAUAUAUAUAUAUAUGUCCCAUGGGAUUCCAACAUGAUUUCUGAUGGCGUAUGUUAACAUACAGCGCUAAGAUAAGGACUGAAAUGGUUAAGCGUAUAUUCCCAACUUUACAUGUUUCUCAGGUCUUGAAAUACAAAGCUACAAUCUCACACAGCAGUUCUCUUGGGCUCACUUUCUCCAGUGGUUGCAAAGCUCUAUAGCAGUGCCCUUAAUGUCUUUUCACUUAAUGAUCCAAGUCCUGGAAAUUGAAUGAUUUUGAGUUUAGUAAAGAUGACAGUGACAUGGGUGUGG